AUGGGAGUUGACAUCUGCCACAACAAUGACAGAAAGGGUCUAUCUUUAGGAACUCAAGAGCAGGCACUUCUACCUCAAGCUGUUGGUCAAGGGCUACAAGUUCCUGGCCGGACUAAUCAACUCCACCACAAACUGAUUCUGCUGAAAAGGCUGUUCAUGAGCCACACCAACCAGCUGCCCCUUGUCUCUUUCUCAAAACCAGACAGCUGUGGUGGACAGGACUAUAAGGUAUGUUAUCUGCAGUGUGAGAAGCAGGGCCAAAGCGGCAUCCUCAAGGCUGGAGGUAAGAUCUUCACCUUCAACCAGCUGGUCCUGGACUCAUCCAAGGGCUGUGGCACUGUGGUGCUAUCAGGGCCACACAAGGGUGCAGAGGUGUACAGGCAUUUCAGAAAGGUGCCAGGUACCCUACACAGCCACACCAAACUAUUUCCACUCCAAGAUCCAGAAUUGUGA